AGAUCACGAUUUGAAUCUGGUGAGAAUAAACAACUAAGAAAAAGUCACCAAAGGUUAGGGUGUCAUGUUAUGGUGAAAUAAUUUAAAUUCUUUGUGUUAAUGUCAUUUUAAAAACAUAUAUGAAGUAUUUAUUUAACAAACUGAUAAUGGAAGUAAUCUGCACAAGUAUGUGAACCAUUUUAUCAUCAAAUUUAUCAGAGUAAUUACAGAUAACAGAGACAACGAUUUUAAAUGACAGUGUGCUGCACUACAAGUUCAAUAAUAAUUGCGAUAAUUUAUUUACAUGGUUCGAUACUAUUGAAGAAACAUAAUAAUAUGAUAAUUUCUAUAAAUAUAUGUAGAACAUGACGUGGAAUCCUUUGAAGAGAAAUCAUUUAACGCAGAGACCUAGUCCUGCUCAACCAUUAUUAUCCCAUGCAGAGGACAGAGAACUUGAUAUUGCUGUUCAACGACUUAUUUAUGUUGAGGAUACAAUUAGGAAACUAACAAAGGAAAUGAAAAAAUAUGUAGAAGCCGUUGUAAACUUGGAUCGAGCAGAUCAAAGACUAACAUUAAAUUUGACAACUUGUGGCUUAGGUCAUUUGAGUGAUGAAUUUAGAAAGGUAUUGGAAGAUUAUCAUUCUGUUACAACACAGGUAGGGAAGACUGUGCAAGAAAUGGCAGUUCUUUGCCAAAAGACUUUUAUAGAACCUCUGAAAAAAUUGCGUGAUGAGUUUGCUUUAAUAGCUGCUGCAAUAGCUAAACGUGAGGAACUAGUAACUAAUUGGAAAUACUCUUACAAUCGGGUAAAGAAACUACAAGAAAAGAAAGAUCGAACUGCUAGUCAUAUUGCAAAAUUGGAAAGAGAACGAAGGACAGAAGAAGCAGCUGCGAAAGACUUAAAGAUUGUACAUGCUCAAUUACUUGCUGAAUUACCUUCGUUUCUUGACAAGAGAUUAGAAUAUAUUAAGCCCAGUGUACAUGCUUUAAUCAUGAUACAAUUAGACUAUUAUGGAAGCACAACAAAAUUAUUUACGCAAUUGAUGCCACUUCCAAAUGUUUUGGGAUCACCAUCUAGUGCCAUGGUACCAGAGGAGGAAUACCAACAAUUAGUGGCUAAUGAAAUCAACAGAAUAAGAGCACUUACUAUUGUUAAAAAUCAUUAGAAAUUAGCAGUUGUUUACUAACAAUUCAAUGAAAUAAUACAUUGUAUAUCGACGGGACCGAAUACUAUAAAAUUGGCGUAGGUACGAAUAUAUUUAUCACAUGGCAGUAUUUACAUUGUUAUUGUAAAAGUAUAGGUACAUUUAAGAUGGAAUCAUUCCACGAUUUCUUUUCCAUUGGGCGCCGGAACGACGAUUGUGAUUAGCACGUGAUGCUUUAUGGACGUUCUUGUGUUGUCUAUUAUGCAAGACAUCCUUCUCUUGCCCUUGACCUUUCGGUUUACCUGUUCAAUGGAAAUCAUGUAAUAAAUGUUUAUAAUUUUUCAUACAAAGGAUACGGCCUUUAUAAAAUGUUCCAUGAACAAAUACACAUAUUAAUAAGUCGAAUUUACCAGUCACAUUAGUUGGAGCUUUCCCGCCACGCAUGGCUUGUCUUCGCUCUUCAGCUUUUGCGCGUAACUCAGCCGGAUUCUGUAUAAAAUGGUCUCUGCCGUUUUGUUCAGCUUCUGUAUCAUCUUCUUCUGAAUCAGUUUCAUCCACAGGUUCAACCUUUUGUUUUUCUAGAAGUACCUGCAAUUUUGCAUAUAAUACUUUUAACAAUUCGAAUCGUUCGUGAAUGUAUUUUAUUAAAUUAAAGAAGAGUACGAACUCUGGGUGUAGUAAAAGGCUUGGAAUUAAUAUCAGCAUCAUUUUCUGCGCCUCGUACGUCGAAAUUGUCGUACGUGUCAUCAUAUUCAUCCUCAUAAUCGUAAUCGUCCGCGACAAGGCUGUAACUGUAAUAAGAUUUGUUUGUUUUUACGUUAAGUUCCAUAAAAAAUGUAGCUUUUAUCAAUGUUACUGUACACCGUUGUUAUUUUUAA